CACUACUUCAGCCCCAGUAUUUCUCUGGCAGUGCACGUGGAGGGAGUAGUAUUGCGGCUGCGGUUCCACGCGCGCUCAGUCCCGCUUUAUGCCUACUUUUAUCUUGUUAUGUCUCGAGCCCAAUGCUGUCGGCAGCGGCACGUUUCACUCAUUUUUCAGAACCCUCGCGCGGAAGAAGAAACAUUUUGUAAACCAAAAGACUUGCUGAGAAUGAGUCCCGCAUAACUUCGGGUAUUGUUAUCUACCCCCUCCUUUCUCUCUCUCUUUUUCCCCUGUCCCGCGCUCUCCAAGUUGAGUCAUUGUACAUAAUUAUGGUAGAUAAAGGCCCCUUGUUGACUUCUGCCAUUAUUUUUUACCUGUCCAUUGGGGCAGCAAUUUUUCAAGUCCUGGAGGAGCCCAAUUGGAAGCUGGCUGCAAAGCAGUAUAGUGCCCAGAAGGAUAAAAUACUUGAGGACUAUCCCUGUCUGACGAAAGAUGAUUUGGACAGAAUUUUAGAGGUGGUGUCUGAUGCUGCAGGCCAAGGUGUCACCAUAACUGGCAGCAAGACCUUCAACAACUGGAACUGGCCAAAUGCUGUUAUCUUUGCAGCCACUGUUAUCACUACCAUUGGAUAUGGAAACAUUGCCCCUAAAACAUCAGCGGGCCGUGUAUUUUGCAUCUUCUAUGGGCUGUUUGGUGUGCCUUUAUGUCUUACCUGGAUCAGUGAACUUGGAAAGUUCUUUGGAGGGAGAGCCAAGCACCUGGGCCAGUAUCUAACCAAGAAAGGAUUUUCACUUAGAAAGGCUCAGUUUACCUGCACAGCUAUUUUUCUCCUAUGGGGUGUGCUGAUCCAUUUAGUCCUUCCACCUUUUGUAUUUAUGUCCCAAGAGGGUUGGACAUAUAUCGAAGGCUUAUACUUCUCUUUUGUAACCUUGACCACAAUUGGUUUUGGGGACUUGGUAGCAGGUGUGGAACCAAAUAAAGAAUACCCAACUCUAUACCGUUACUUUGUGGAAGUAUGGAUUUAUCUGGGGCUGGCCUGGCUGUCUUUGUUCUUCAACUGGAAAGUACGGAUGGUGAUUGAGGCCCACAAGGCACUGAAGAAACGCCGCAAACUGCGCAAGCUAUCUCUUGAUGAGCUCCGACACUACAAAGAGUCUCACAAGGCUGCCCUUCGUUUGCCACCCACUCCUAAUGAUGUCAACAUCUUCAGCUUCCUGUCCAAGAAGCAAGAAGGCUACAACGACUUGAUUAAGCAGAUUGGCACCAAAAAAGAUGGCAGAAGCAACAGCAGCAGUGUCAACACCAACAAUAAAGCCAAAGAGAUUGGCCGUUCCAAGAGUUGCAAUGAUGCCCCCAUGUUUAAUAGUCAUACCAUCCUAAGUCUGGACCGUUCACCCCGCCAAAAGAGACGCUAUAGUUUCAGUGAUCGUGUCACUGUUGCUUUUUCAAAGUCCAAGAACUACCUUCUGGGCUCAGAUAAUGGUUUACUGCUAACAGAGGACUCUGUAGAGGGUGACCUAGAACUUGACCAGGUCCAAAUGUAUGAGAACCAGCUUGACAAGGAUGUUGACAUAGAACACAGAGGAGUGGGAGAAUGUGGACCAAGUGGUCGAAGGACAUGGGAAUCUAAAGAGUAUCAUCCCUUGACAUUUCAAAAUGCUAAUAUUACUUUUAUAGACGAAGAGAACUUUCUCAGCAAUAACUUGGAGGAGGAGGAGGAGGAUGAUGAUGACGAUGACUCUAAAGCAAAACUAUCCAUUACUACGUGUGAUGAAAACAUUGAAACCAACUCCAAGGAGGAACAGAUCUCUGAAUCUGAAGGAUCUGUGUUCACUAGUGAUGAUUCAGAACACAGUCACUCCUAUGAGAAGCUUGUAGAGGAAUAUGCAAAAGAAGAAAAUACAGACUCUUGAUCUUCUGAUGUAAGCUGGUUGGUAUUGAAGUAUAUGUUUUCUAAAAUGAAUUGUUUUAAAGAAUAUUUGAAGUCCCAUUGCACUUUUCGGGGGUUUGAUAAGGAAACGCAAGAUCAAAUUUCAAAUCAGUGUUCUGUUCUUAGCUGGAAAAUGAAGAUUCACAUCACUUUGACUAGGAACUCUAGAACAAAUGUCCUGCAUCUUGAUACAGAGAAUGACACAUAACCUCAUGAGUAUUUAACAUCUGCUCUAUUUAUGUCUUUUUAUACGGUAUGACAGACUUUAUGCCACACAUUUAUUUUACUGUCCAAACUAAUAACUGUUUUCCAUGGAUUCUUUUUUUACUCCUAGGUUGUUAAUAAAUUCUAUGUGGAAAUGUAUCUUAUUUCCCAUAGUUUCUUCUGUGCAUAUUCACCACAUUGGUGUUUUGAUAAUAUUUAUUAAGAUGAAGGACUCAGUAGCUUUUAUUCACUGGCUGCAUGGUUCUCCCAUUGCACAAUUCCACUAAAUGAGAACAAUUCAAAGUCCAUUUCAGUGCAGAUUGUCUUUUUAAAACCUGAGCCGAACAUUUGUCCUUAAAGAUAAUGAAGGAGGUUAAGGGCCAAAUUUUCAUCUUUUUUUAUUUGGUGUUUUAUUUUGGCUGUAACUUGAUAACUUGUUCUGUCUGAGACUGCUGUUUAUUUUGACAAUAAGGAAUAGAAUUGUGACUGCACUAGAGGUCAUCAGACAGCAUCUGGGAGUCUAGAACCAAACAAAUGUAAACGUAAAAAGGAAAAUCUCACUCUUAACUAAGAUUUGUUUUCCUUUUUUUCCCCCCGCUCUUUUGUUUCAAGUUUUUUCUCUACUAUAAAAAAAUUUGCUUUGGAAUGAAAAUCUGCUUCUAUUGUCACAUAGUAAACACCUCUUAGAAAACACUACUUUAUUGUUUCAUUUUGCUGCUGACAGCAUGUCAAAUGUUGAUCUGUGUCUUUUGGCUCCUCUACAUGGCGGUGCAUAAUGGGAACGAAACUUACACACCAACAAUAUUCUCCCUUUUUGUCUCUUUAGCACCCUUUCAUUUCAUUGUAUUUGCCAUGUAAAUAUUGGCUGAAAGCCCAUCAGUAGUCACAAACACAGUUCUGCUCAGGACAUGGCCUUGCUACUUAUGUUUGCCUAUGGGGGCUCGCAGUGGCACAAAUGACUGAAGUACCGCUUUUGACAGGCAGCCAAGGUUAAAUUGUCACAGAUCGAUGCUCUCUUGACGUAUGUUUUAGUCAUAAGACAUAAAGUCAGCAGUAUUGGUGCUGUCAGUUUAGUGUAGAGUCUUUCCCCAUGGUUUUAUGUGAGCACACAUCACCUGUUGUGAAAAAAAGACUUAAAUCCACUGCAAAAUAGAAAGGUAUAGAGUACGAUGCAACUUCUAUUAUUGAAUGUAUUGAUAAUUAUUCACUUAAAAAAAUGAAAUCUUUCACGCUGGGUGUUUUCCUCUCUUGUCUUUUAUUUCAUCACAGGGCCACCAUGUUUGUCUGUGACAUUCAUCUCUGCCUGUCAUUUUCCCAGGUUUUCCGCAGUGUUAGUUUAGCAGUGUUAUGCAGCCAUGGUACUUCUGUGGAUAGAAUUUCAAGCAUGUCUCUAGAUUAUUAACUAAGAACAGGUUAGGCAGGUUUAACCUAUUGUCCUAAGCUGUCUUCCCAAUGUUGUUCCCUUGUGUAAAACUCCAUAGUUGUAUAGUUGUUGACUUUUUUAUGAUUAAAUUAUUCAUGUUUGUAAAGUUUGUAUAUAAAUUCCAAGCAAUACUGUAUAUUCAUGUAAAUAAACAUUUAAUAAAACUUGA